CGUCUCUCCUAAAGUGCGUUUUUCUGUUCUCUUCCGAGUUGGAUUGAACUUUUUCAGCCUCCGUAGGCAUUGGGUCUAAAGUGCCGGUCAAAAUGGAAGUGAAUCCCCCCAAACAGGAGCACCUGCUGGCCCUGAAAGGUCCUGUUUCCCUCUGAUUUGGAAAAAGACAGUCUUGUAAUUAUAAAUUACAUUCUAGCUGUGAGGAGCUCAGCUCAGAAAUGUUUUCUUCAUUAUGAGUAACUGGAUUACUGCAGAAUGACUACAGAAGUAAUAUUACAUUACCGACCAUAUGAGAGUGAUCCUACAGAACUGCUAAAAAGUGCAGAGAAAGCAAUUCAGGACUUUGCUACACGUCCACUAUUGAGAUUUAUUCCUUGGUUUCCAUAUGAUGGGCUCAAACUUCCACUCAAGCCUAAAAGAUCACCACCUGUGAUUUCUGAAGAGGCAGCUGAAGAUGUGAAACAGUACUUAAUCAAUUCAGAACAUGUUGUUAAAUCACAGAGUUAUGAUUGCACAGUAGCUCUAUUGGAGUUUCAGCCUAAUUUGAAAGAAAAGAAGCACUUAAUCCAUUCACACACACUGACUGAACAGACUACUUCUGGAAAUCUGGAUAAACAAUCAGAAAAAGGAAAACGGCAUAAGAGGAGGUCUUGGAGUGUGUCACUUCCCAGCAGAAAUUGUACUGAAAAUAUUUUUCCUUUGUCUGAAAAAUUGCAAAAUAGUUUAAAGGCACUAAAUUUACACUCAUUUUAUAGAGCAAGAUGGACAAUAGAACACACUGUUUGUAACAACCAAACUCUGGAAGACAUUUGGGUAAAACUCAAUCAAAUUAUCAGGCACAAAGAACUUCCAUCUUGUAAUGCUACCAUUCAGAGACAAUUGGGUCAAAUAUGGGUGUUCUGUGAUAUUAUGUACUGUGAAUAUGUGGGAAAUCUCCUUAAAGGACGAUUAGCUCUUACUGGGAAAAUAAAUUUACUUGUCCAUAAACAUGGUGUUAUUUUUAGUAUGUGAGGAAUUUUACUGAUUGUCAAAAAGAAGAAUAUUCUGAAUGAACAGAUUAUACUGAAAUAGUGACAUGAAUAAAUUUUUUACUGACUUUUUAAAUUUUUAAUGACUUAAUUUUUUUUAUUUGACCAUUGUUAGUGUAGUCUAUUUAUUCUUAACAUUGUGAAAAAUAAUUGUGUAGUAAUAUGUGUUCAGGUUGUGUACCAGGAAUAAAUAACUAUCAGGUGAAUUUAUUGGUUUGUCAUUUAAGUCAGGAACUUUCUGGGUUCUACUUUUAACAGCCAUCUUUUAAGUGAAUUGUGAAAAAUUAUUAUACUGAAUUUAGAAGUAAAAUAUUCCUUUUGUUCUACUUUUCAUGGCUGAAUUAGGUAUUCCUAUGAAUUACAGUGAAUAAUUUGGAUUUGGAUGAAUCCUUAAAAUUUAAUAUUAUAGUAUUUUUUCUUUACUCAUCUAAAGUGUAGUAAUUUUUUUAAAAUAAAACUAUUGGGUUGGCCAUCUUUUUCUGUAAG